UCGCGUUGAGCACGAUAAAUAGACGGACGUUUUGUGAUUGUCGCGUUCACCAACUUUUCGAAGGGGAAAAUUGAAGGAUAAAAUUCAUUUUUAUUUCCUUUUCAUAUAUAGUUUCAAAAUUGAACAAAAUGAAAUUUCGAAAGAAUAUUAAAGUGAAAAGUGGAAUAAUUAUUGCCUAGCGUAAAACUGUGAGAAAUGGACUAAAUUGAAUUUAUUCUACAUGAAAUGUAACGAAAAAUCUGGUUAAAGUUUUUUUUUCUGCUACCACGGAAUGAGUGAAAAGAAGGGGGCACAAAAGCAAAUAAGAAAAAAAAAUGACCAAUUUGAAUGAGUGAAUACGUGAGCGAGCGAGAAAUAACAUGAGAGCGUCGUUGAGUAAUUGAAAACAAAAAACAAAUUUACAGAAAAAAUCGAAUUCCUUUGUAGGUGUGUAUUUUGACAUGCAAAAGAUGGAAAAUAAAGUGUAGAGGCAGAAAAGCAACAAUGAAUGGUAGAAAAUUCUGCAUUUUGUGACUCCGGGAAAAAUAUCUAAUGAAAUAAUCGAUUUGAUCUAAAAUAAACAGUGAUGGAAAAUGUUGCAAGAUUAGAAAAAAGUUAAACAAUGAAUAAGGUACUUAUUGAAGUCAUACAUAUGUACAUAUGUAUAUAAUAAAUUUUAAUAAAAUUGUGCAUAUACUAAUAAACUUAUUUACAUUGAAAUAUGUGCAAAAUAGUGUAAAAUAAUAAAAAAAAAUAAUAAUAUAAUGGUGCUUUAACUCAUACAUACAGACACAAAGCUGUAUUGCAUAAAGAAAAUAUAGUAAAAAAAAAAAAAACAAAAUAGAGAAGUAAAAAAAUUAUCAACUGAACUAAUGAGUGAUCCUUUGAGAUUAAAUAUGGAACUAAAUUGAAGAAAAUCAGGAAGAUAGACUCGUGAAGGUCAAAUUAAAAACAUUAAAUAAGCGUUGUCCUUUAGAAAUAAUCCAUUAACAAAGUCAUCAUAGACACCAACGACUAAAGGAAAUACUAAAAAUACAUUCAUACAUUCUCGUACAUCUGUAUUUCUGUCUCUGCAUCCUUGGCGAGCAACAGACGUUGAUUAUAAUGAUUGCUUCCGUUCGCUGCUGCAAACGCUCUUGGCAACCGAUUUCUCUUCCACUCUCCAACAUUGAGUUUCUUAAUUUUCGAAAUUAAUUCUCAACACUUGAACAAUUAAAUGGAAAUAAGGAUUACUAUAUACUUGUAUAAUAAAAAAAAAGCGUGAAUUGAAAUAUAAGAAUAUUUUUUUGAAUACUGAAAAGUAAUCAUUUUUACCAACCCACCUUAUGGAUCUCGUGCAAACAAUUAUAAAUGCACAUUUACAUAUAGAUAUGUUUAUAUGUUAAAAAAAAAAAAGAAAACAACUUUUGGAGCAAUAAAUUAAUAUUUUCAUUUGGCGGGCAGAUAGAGCGAAUUAACGACUUGAGUUGCCUCCAUUCAAACAAUAUUAAAUAUUUCAACACCAGUUUUGGAGCCAACGCCAAUUAUUGCUGUUAUCCAUCGACUACGUAAUUCGGUCAUAGUAUAAUAAUAUAGUUCCACCAGCAGCACUCCGAGAGGCUGCUUCUCCAGACUGCACCACAACGAAUGUGGCUGCCAAAGUUUGCCUCAAUGUCGCUUGCAACGUUAACUGAAAGAUGGUCAAAGCGGUCACAGCGCGAGCAACAGCAACAACAGCCGCAUUGUACGUAGCAAAUCAGCAAUUGCAGUUACAACAGGAUCAGCCAAACGCCAAGAACGCGACACAACAACAGCAGCAACAGCAAAGAGAGCAGAACUAUUUCUUUACGCCGCAAUCGCAGCGAAGUCAAAAGCAUAGCUCUGCUGUCGACGCUGAGGUGGUGGAGGAGGGGGAGCCGUGUGGCAAACGUAUUGCUGUUGCGUCGCCCAGCAAAAUGGUAAUACCAUCAUCGGCCGCAACAGCAGUAACAAACAGCAGCAGCACAUCAACAGCGGCAUCCACGUCCACUGCAACUGGAGUAGCAACGCAUAACAGUAAUACGAACGCUGCCGGUCAGCAACAACAACAACAACAAAAUGCUCUCUAUCAACAGCAACAACAACAGCACCCGCCCACUAACACCAACAACCAACAGACGGCACCACGCCAGCAUCCCAAAAAGCGGAAGUUCGAUCCGGCCGAGCUGGAUAGGCAACAGCAAACCUCACCACAACCGCAGCCACAGCAUGGCUCAGGCGCAACAACAACGUCGACAACGAACUCUACAACAACCACAUCAUGGGAUGAUAAAAAUGCUAUAUCGGCGAAUAAGAGCGCCAACGGAAAUGCCAACACAUCAUCGUCGCUAAACUUGAAGAACGGCAAUAUUGCAGUUGCAUCGUCAGCAGCGAUGCCAUCCACAACAACAGCUAAUAUUACUGUUACCAGCUGUGACAAUAAUCGCUCAUGGUCGACGACAACAGCAACAGGUGCUUCAGAGAUUACCGCGCCGACGGAUAUGCUCUAUACCGCAAUACGUUCGACUGCGCAACACCAGCAACUGCAACAGCAGCAGCAUCAUUCGCCAGCUACAUCGAUGAUUGUAAGUCCCGUAGCUACGACGACGGCAUAUUCCAGCACUGCACUGCCGUCAGGUGUUGUAGUUGGCGCUGGCGCCAACAGUAGCUGUGUAACGGCGACUGGACGCGGCGCCACCUCGCUGGAGAGUCCCGAAAAACGUAUUAUCAUUACAAGCACCCAGCCGUCGAGUACUUACAAGCUGCAGAAUGUUUUGAGUGUUGCUCACAAUAGCAAUAAUAAUCGUACGCUCACACCAACUAGCCAUGCAGCGUUGCAACAACAACAACAACAGCAACAGCAGCAGCGUCUCGCCUACCAGCACCACAUUCAGCAAACGCAUACAGUAGUGGCCACGCAACAGCAGCCACAACAACAAAUGCAAGUAGCCAAUUUAGAUCUCAGCGAAUGGUCAAACACGCGCGUGUUGGCCAAAUUAAAUAACUUCUAUGCAUCCGGUAUUAUACGCCAAACGUCUUCAUCGUACAAUGGCAACAGCAACAGUAGCGCCGACGGGCCAUUCUCGUCGUCCAACGGCAGGCCGCCAUCGGCUGCAACACCAAAUUCAAUUACUGUGGAGUUCGAUCCGCCAGAAAAUUGCACGCAACAUUAUACAGAUGUUUUGGGCAAUGGGCGUUUCAAUGUGAUAUUGGACGCGAGUCCACCAUUAGCUGAUAUUCACUUGGAUAUGAGAGUUUGUGUGCGCAGUCAAAUUGAAGGACGAUCGGGUUACGUUUUCGUGGAGGGCACAGUGACGGAAAUUAAUACAAAUACCAAACAAUUUACUGUUCAAAUACAUGCGGAUCCAACGCCAAUAUUUAAAACGGUGAAACGCGCUGAUCUCCGACUUCUCUUACCACCAUGGUGGGACGAGUUACGUGAACUUUCUUCACCUUCGCCACAGCAGCAACACCAACCACUUGCGCAAAAACACUCUGCAUUGCUUACACCGCCACAUCAGCAUCGCAAUGUCGGUAGCAGUGGUACACCAGUGUCGUCACACAAAAAUAGCGCCAGCCACCAACACCCACAAUUGACUUACGUUUCGACGCGUUUCGAUGGCAAGUGCGCAACACAUCUCACAACUAGCGGCACACAACUACCACCACAUAUGUCGUCGUCAUAUAACGUCGCCCAACAACAGCAUCUACAAAAACAAGAUGAGUAUUAUCGCACGACAGCCACCUCGCCCUUUCAGUCUGUCGGUGGCAAUGGGCAGUCAGGAACGAUUGGCAAAUUAAACGGCAAUGGCAAUAUUGCUGCUGCAUCGUCAGUGCCAGAAAUUGUUGUAACACAACAGCAAUUACAGUUUAACAGCAGCAGCGGCAGCAGCAGUCAUCAACCACACGCGCAACAUUCAUCGGUAGCCGCACUCUCACAAUCGCCUUCGGAUGAUCUGCAGCGCCGGCAAUCACGUCAGUAUGAUGAGUUCGAGUCGGAUGAUGAAUUGAAGGGUGUGCAAAUUGAUGGCUACACGCUGGGCGACGGUGAUCCUGAGAAGCUGUCGGCGGGCAGCAAACGCAGCAGUGUUCAGAGUCGUGGCAGCACUUCAAGCACCCCAAGAUCUCAAGCUACCACACCACAUCGCUUUAAAAAGGGUGAUAUUGUUCAAUCGGAAUCUGGUGUGCGCAAAAAAUACAAUGGCAAACAAUGGCGUCGCCUGUGUGGCAUGUGCUCCAAGGAAUCUCAGCGACGUGGCUUGUGCUCGCGCCAUUUGAAUCAGAAAGGCAAUGCCUUACGGCCCAAUGGUGCCAGUCGCUUUCCAGGCGAUAUGAAUAGUCGUUCAAGCAGUAAGACACAAGCAGACGAAGACACUUCACGGGAUUCGGAGACAUCGCCUAAUUAUAGGGUAGCAGGACGCUCAGAUCAGGAGGAAACUGAUGUGGCUAAUAUUUUAGUGUCACUUAGCAGUUCACGUUCGGCCACGCCGAGCUACUCAUCGCCCGUGAACCAUGGCACCUCUCCGAUGAAUGUUACUCACUCUCCCGUGCCAGUCGUUUCUAAUCGUCAAAAUUUUUUCACACCAAUCGGCGGUGGACCCGUUGUAACCGCCGAAGCGCAAACAGCAAAAUGGAAGCCAGCAGCUAGCCCCAUACAGUACGGCACAGUGGGCUAUUCUCAAGUUAUACGUCCCGAAUCGGUGCGAGCCCAAGGCGCAACUGUUGCGCCACCACCGCAACAAUCGCCCGUCUCCAUGGUGGUGCAUCACCAGACUGCAACUCUGCCAAGCACAGCAGCAGCUGCAGCCACCGCACAUCUGCACGGAGCCAGUGGCAAUGUACAUCAUUCCUCUAUACAGCCAGCUCAUCACCAGGCACCACCGCCGCCACAACCAACUGCUACAACGCAACAGCAUUUGCAACAGCCGCCACUUGCACAUGGCCAUAUGUCGCUGUCUCCAGCAGCGCCACCGCCACCGCAGCCGGCCGUUAGUAGUGCGGUGAUUGCACCACCCCGACCACCAGGCUCUAUGGUUACAGGUGUUGGUCAUGCCACCACUAGUGUUAUACGGAUCUCACCUGCUGCUGCUGCUGCCGCGGCCGCCGCUGCAGCUGCUGCUGCUACCAACAACGGAAGUACAGCUAAUGGUGCGCAUGGAAGCAACGGCGCAGCACCAACAUUGCCACAAUCUUUUCAUCCUGUCAUAGUUGAUCCCACACAACUGGUGCCAUUACUCUCGACGGCAGGUGGCAACUCAGCGCUACAGACAGGUCAACCUACAUUGGUUUCGAUCAAUAGCGGGUUAAGUGUAAGUGGCGCCAAUGCUUCUCUUCUAGCCGCCGCUGCUCAUCAACAACAUUUACAAAAUCAGGUGGCACAUUCAUCAAUUACUAAUGAAAAGACGAUUCCAAAAAACGGAUUUCCGCCGGGGUCGAUAUAUCAAUGGCAAACGCUGUUGCCCACCAUCAGUCAGUCCCCCGUUAAACCGACCAAUUUUACAAUAGCCGGCAUCAUACCGCCAACGGCGGAAACACCACCACCACCACAACAACAUCAACAACAGCAACAGCAAACAAAUCAAGGAAUUAAUCUGGUAAAUCACCAUGGCGCUCACAACAGUCACAACAGUCACAACAACAACAGUUUAGGUUUGGGACGGUCUCUUGACAUGGAUUCAGCAGAUAAACCGUUGAAUUUUUCAACAAGUGAUGCGGCCGCCAUGGGUAGCACUUAUAAUGCAAAUGGUUCAUGUGCACCAGGUGGCAACGGGGGCAACAGCGUGUCACAGGACGACAACGAUGAUCAAUUAGACGAUGAUGUGUUCGAGCCAACGACGACAGCUCAUCCAAAGCCGAAGCAUACACGUUUCGCCAUCAACAGCAGCAGCGACAGUUACAGGUAUAGCAAUGCAUCAGGAAGUAAGUGUAGCACUGAUGGUAUGGGUGAACCGAAAACACCAACAACUUCCGGCAACAGCGGAGCACCAUCUAAGCGACGCUCACAAUCGCUUAGUGCAUUACAGCAACAGCAACAGAAUUCAAAAGCGUCUGCAGGCGGUGCAGGAGGUAGUGUUAUUGACAAGGAACCCUUAAGUCCAGAACCGGACAAAAUUCGCCGACCGAUGAACGCAUUUAUGAUAUUCUCGAAAAAACAUCGCAAAUUGGUACACAAAAAGCAUCCAAACCAAGACAAUCGCACGGUUAGUAAAAUUCUCGGUGAAUGGUGGUAUGCGUUGAAGCCGGAGCAAAAAGCUAAGUAUCAUGAAUUAGCUAGUUCUGUGAAGGAUGCCCAUUUCAAACUUCAUCCGCAUUGGAAAUGGUGUUCAAAGGAUCGUCGUAAAUCAUCCAGUUCUGGUAAAGGCGGUGUAGGUGGUGGACCCAUGGAUUGUAGUGAUAGUAUCGAUCUGCCAAUGCAUAGCCCUGGUUCAACUGGUGCUUCAAGCAACGCCGCUGUCGACACUCAAUGUGAUAUUAUACCACUUACCAUUGAAGAAACUCUCGGUCCUGUAAAAGAGGAAAAAACGCACGUAAAAACUGAGACAGCACAGACAAAUGAAGUCCAGCAAUUAGAUGAUGAGCAGAUGCUGGUGGACGAUCCUGGAAAAACUAAGCCGAAUUGUAAUGACAUUGGCAAUGCUGAUCUACAACAACAUGACACUCCAGUAAAACAAAUCGAUUUAAAGUGUCGUGAACGUGUGACGGACUCAGAUGUAGAGGAUACAGCGUACGAUUAUAGAAAACCAGCAAAAACAACAUCAACGAUGAAAAGUGCUCAAAAUAAAGGUGGAACAGAAAAUGAAAUGGAGGAGACAAGUAUAAAAAGUGAGAAUCAAACAAAAGCGGACGAACUUACAGGUUCUAGCACAACUGGCAGCAAUAUGCCCAGCACCAGUGCUGAAAGAGAAAUCACAUUAAAGCCGAAAGCCAUCAAACCAACAUAUGCCACCAGCAUUGAAAGCAGUAUUCUGAGUCCCCAGCAAAUGCCAAUGUAUUCAUAUAAUAGUCCGAAAAAUCCAAUCGGUGUAACACCAUUCCAACCAACAGGUGGUGCUUUCAAAACGAUGCCUAUAAGUCCGAAAAGCACAAAGUUAGACGAACAACAGUCAACACAAAUGCAUAUAAAGCAAGAGGAUAUCAAGCAGGAGCUCACAUCGCCGUACAAAAUGAAUGGUGGAGCCUCAAAUGUAAAUAACGUAUUCACAUUCAAUGUGCCAAUUAGUGCGGCUGCAUGCCUGAAUCAGAAACAACAACAGGCUACAGGACACCCAUUGCGCAGUCCAAACACAAUGGAGGGCAGUAAAGAUGGUUCAAACAGAAACUCAUCGGCACCACGCUCCACCAUCCUAUGCGAUCCGUUGAUUUUAGAAGCCGCAGUUAAAGACGUGCAAAGCAAUGAAAUUGAUGCGGAGACAACUCGCUUAGAGGUGUGCUCCACCGCCAAAACACCAACCGGCACAUACCAGCAACUUUCCGCGCAGCAACAACCCACGAUGCUCGUCAUCACCGAUGGCCAGCGAUAUGCCAGCGCUACGAGCACGCAGUUGGUGCCGAAUAAAUUGAAGAAGUUGAGUGCUGGCGGCGAAAGCAACAGCCCAGCCACCUACACUUACGUUUUAGCCACCAAUAACAGCAUAGGCGGAAACAAAGCCAACAAUAACAAUAUCAAUCCAAACGCAUUAAACAUAAAUUCCAAGCCGAACACGACACCAAUCAGCCUAAAGCAUCCAAACAACGUGGCGACGACCACUUUGCGUCCGCUGUCACUGAUCAGCGUGAACUCGUGUAAUAAAAUUACACUCCCGGCGAAUGCACGAAUACUGGCCGCUACUACUUGCCCGCCUAAAAACAAGGGCAACGGUAAUAUUGUAGCCAUGGGCGCUGGCAGUGUAGUAAGCGGUGGCGGCGGAGGUGGAGGUGCAGGUGGUGCGGUGCAUUUCGCCGGUAAUCCACCGCCAAUAGGAAGUACGCUUACGCUGUUGAGCGCAGCGCCAACGCUGGCGACCGCCACAACUCGUCUCAGUGGCCAUAGUGGUAUUAAUAAUGGCAACAAUGUCAUUACCAUUACUAAUGCAACUAACAACAACAAUAAUAAUAAUAACAGUAGCAACAAAAACAAUAACAACCACAUCAAUAAUAUAUUCACUUUUAGCAGCAACGACACAAUAGCAACAACAACUAGUGGUGGUAAUGCCACCUUCAAUGCAGGCGCCAACAGCGUCAGCGGCGAAGGCAAUGGCGCCAGCACAUCGAUUUUAAUGUUCAACUCAAAUAUAGCAACUGUUGUUAAUUCCACAGCUGGUGUAGCCACCUCAUCGGUGCCAUCAUCGCCAGCAGCGGCUAAUGUGGCCAUCAGUUCAUCCGGCACUACAUGUUUUACCAACACGCCCGUAAUGACACCGACACAAAUACUCGCGGCAACAACUGGUGGCAAUGGCGGAAUGGGAGGCGGUCAGAAGCAAAUCCUCUUCACUGUGAACAAUAUGCUAAAUCAGUUCGCCAUACUGCCAAUGCAACAACAAACCGAAACAGCUGCAAAUAUGUCCGGCAACGGUAACCUUAAUUGUGGUCCCAUUAAGCCUAUUCCAGUCUCCUAUUCCAAUUACAAAAAGAGCAAUGGACAAACAGCUUUUGGUUUAAACACAAAUAUCGGCUCUGGAGGUAAUCUACAAAAUACUAACAACAACAACAGCUCAAUUUUAUUGCACAGUUAUUCAGAGCCCACACCAAAAUCACCGUCGUAUAAGUCAUUGCCCACCACACCGAAGUCAGCUUGCUCCACCUCUGCAUUCGCUAUGAAUCCUCCUGACUCGGCUGGUAAGCGUAGCACGGAUAGCAGCAAUACCUCAGCCUUAGAAGCUGAUGAUGAGCCGAGUGUUCCACCAAUGUCACAGCAACAAUUCAUUUUGGCACCAACACCAGCCCAAUUAGGGCGUGCGAAAUGCCCACGUCGCAAAAAUGCAACUUCAAACAGUUUGGCUAAUGAUAAUACAAACAAUACAAACUCCUUCACAACAUCAGCGCUCAUGGCUGGCAAUAAUGCUGUAAAGAAAUUAAAUUCACCAAUUAUAGUCGAUUCAUCAUCGCCGAUCAUCGGUAAUGUAAACACCGUAGUGAGCUCCAUAACAUCGGCACUGCCCACACCCACUUCGUCCACCACAACGCCGAACAGUGACGAACAAAUGCCAACCACGCCGUCGGCGGUUAACAGCAAUAGCAGUUCUAGCACUGUAAGUGACUUAAGCGGCAUGUUGAAUCCCAAAUCGCCAAUAAAGUCAGCAUCGGCAACCAAAAAGAAGAGCGAUGAUAUGGAUAACGUUCUUAAACAAGUUGAUUUCGAAAAGAAAUAUCAGGCAUUGCCGCAAUUCAAGCCCGAGGAUUGUCUAUCGCCUAGCGCCAUAGCAGUGCCGUCAUCGCCGCGCGUAUAUGGCACAAAUUAUCGAAAGAAGAAUCCGCCGCAGCCCAUAGUGCCGCCAAAAAAGGUGAUUUGUGAGGAAGACUCAGCCGCUGAGACGGCAUCUCUGCCAUCCACACCAUCGCAACGUUUCUUUGGACCCGAUUUUAAUAUUGAACAAUUGAAUUUGGAAAAUUCCGAUGAGACAGAUCGUUCACCACGCACACCACAAACCCCAUUGCAAAGUGCUCGAUCAGAUGCCAGCGAAAAAGGUCAUCGCAAAGUGCUGGAAAUUCGUCGUAAAUAUGUUUAUCAACUUUUCAGCGAACACGGCAUGUUUCCAUCAACGCAAGCGACAAUGGCUUUUCAGAAAAAACACAUUGACGUCUUUCCACGAAAACAAGAUCUCCAAUUGAAAAUACGUGAAGUGAGGCAAAAGUGCAUGAGCCAACCCGGUUUCACACCGCAUUCUGCCGGUCCUAUGACACCUUCGGCUGACCAAAGCUCCUCUACUACGCCAGCAACAACAACAGCAGCAAUGGCAACACUAAGUGGUAAUGGCAAUAGUGGAGACAUAUAUGCUCAAUCACAAACCAUUGACGAAUAAGAACUGGAAACUACCAAGAUUAGACAGCCGAAUGACGAGUAGUAGAAGAAAUUAGUAAGGUAAUACUAAAAACAGCAACAACUACUAGUGCUACAAAAAUUGGCUAAGAGAAGAGAUGAUAAUAAAGUACAAUCAAUUACAAAACUCAACGUGCCAUGACAAACACAAACGCAAUUAUGCAAUGAAUGCAUAAACAAAUACUUAAAGAAACAUACUGAUUGUUUAACCAGUUGUUAUAGUUGUUAUCAAGGCAAUGACAAGUCGACUUCGUAAUAACAGUUGAGUAGGUCGUGCAUGCACAUGCUCAGGCAUGCUGUAUAUGAACGUUGCAAAAGAGAUAAUUGCUCUAUAUAUACUCAAGCAUAGUAAAAUUUCAAAAGAUUUUAUGUAGCAACAAUGGAAAAAUAAUAAUUAUUAAUUUGAUCAAAAGUACAGGGGAAGUUUGAAAAAUAGUAACAAGACACCAUUACUUUUGACGCCAAGUUAAUAGCAGCCAACUCUGGUAGUAAUCUUGCAUGCGCUAAUGAAAACUACACAAACCGCAGCAAAAUGUUGUAAGAGCUGAUGAAAUAACAAGUUCUGAGAACAAAUUUCUGACAAGCAAAAAGAACGGUGUUUCAUUCUAAGCAACAACACGGUGUGUGAAUUAACUAUUCAAUGCCAUCAAUAGAAAAUUAAACCAGCUACGCUAGUAAACAAAUGCCAAUAUAGAAAGUAAAUGCAUAGGCGGCCAAAACGAAGUGAAAAGAUGAGAGAAAUAUAAAUGCGUAUAAGUGUGAUGUAAGAGUAUCACAAAAUCAGACACAAAAUGAACAGCACAGGAAAUAAACAUAUAGCAAUCUUAUUAUAAGCACACCAAUAAAAAAGAAAAACAUAUAUUUACACAUACAUAAUUAAUAAGAUAUAAGAAACAAGAAAUCCCAAAUUAAAGCUUAAAUAGAUCUUUUUUUUAUUUUAAAACGCAUCAACAAAACUACUAUUACUGCAAAGCAUACAGGCAUAGAAAUAAAUCUUUAUUCAAAAAAGUAAUCGAUGUAAUGAAUUUAAACAAAAAAGUAAAAAAA